CGUCGCACAGCGAGCAAAGAGCUUCACUUAUAAGUCGACAGGGUUGCCCCGAACCAUUCCCUAUACAGCCCCAUCCAUCAGAUAUCAUCUUACACACCAUCACUAUGACAAAGUUCAAAGUUACUGUUACUUCCGACACCGUCUGCCCUUGGUGCUAUGUCGGUCGCAGACAGCUCCAGGCUGCGCAGCGCCUGUGGGAGCAGAAGUACCCCGACUCAAACGACACUUUCGACAUCAGCUACAAGCCUUUCCAGCUAGCGCCUGAUUGGGCACGAGGUCCUGCAUCGAGCAUCUCCAAAGAAAAGUUCUACCUCGAGAAAUUCGGCAAAGACCGCGUGGUCAAGAUGCAUCAGCAUUUGAAGGGUGUCGGAGAGUCCCUCGGAAUCGACUUCAAGUUCGGAGGACAGACAGGAAACUCGAGAGAUUCGCAUCGACUUGUUCAGCUCGCCAAGAAGCACGGCCAGGAUGCCGAGAGCAAGGCGCUCGAUGGUCUCUUUGCUGCAUACUUUGAGAAGAACGACGACAUUACCAGCUACGACACCUUGAGAAACGUGGCUGUCGAGGCGGGAAUCCCCGAGGAUGAGUUCCAGAAGGCUAUCGUCGAGAGCGACGAGGGUGGCCCAGAGGUUGACAAGCUUGCGGGCGAGGCGCGAUACAGCGGUGUCAGUGGUGUCCCUGACUUUGUUCUUCAGGACCGGUUCCGGCUCCAUGGCGCCAACGAUCCGUCGACAUUCGUGAGCGUUUGGGAGAAGAUCAAGGCGGCUGAGCUGUAAUCGGGUCAAUCGUAGGGGUGAUCAGAUCAAUCGCUUGGGGUGGUCAGAUUGAAACAAGACUUCUGUGCGCUUCUCGAGGACAUCGUUCCAGAGAUGUUGGCCUUGGAAGCCAGGGACAUAGAAUAGUAAUCCGAUUUCCUGACUCGUCCACCAACUGGCCCUGUCCAUAUUGCCUGAG